UGUAAGUGUGUCUAGUGCAUGAGUAGCAGUGCAGUAUAUGUAUGUGUCAGUGAAACAUGGCAGUGGUCUGAUGUCCAUGUUCAGUGUGGCGCUGCGUGUUGGGAUUGAAUUGAACAGCGCACUGAACAUUACAGGAGCGCGCGCGUCUCCAGAAAGGCCAUUGUGACGUCACAAUCAACAAGCAGCGCCUCUGGUGUGAAAAGUUUCCAAAAAGAGCGCAGAGGCUCAGUCUUUCACUGAACUUCAUACUUCCAAGCUGUUUAUCAGACGUGUUAAGGUGAAGGUGAGAGAAUGCUGUCUUUCAAGAGUUUGGUCAAAUUUGCAGUGUGUGCAGCUGGAGCUGGAGCUGUGGCUGCUGGAGUUUAUUAUGUUCAUAAGCGUGGAGAUGAGGAGCGGAGUACGGAGGCCUUCGAGGGCACACCUGUCGACGAAGCCCCAGUGCAGAGAGCCUCUUCAGGUUUUCUGCAUUCUUCUGAUGGACACAAGGACACGCAGAUGGACAAGGCCACCCCUGAGGGGUCUGUGGCCGAGGCGGAGGAGAAGAAGGAGAAGGAUGAGGUGUCCGGUGUUCAGCUGAACAGCGAGGAGCUCUAUGUGCUGAACCUGGAGCACAGAGUGAUGGAGCUGGAGAAACUGCUCUGUGAGGCUCACAGACAGUCUGAGAUGAAAAGCAAGGAGUGUGAGCAAGAGCAACAGGCUCCCAGAGUCCUGAUGGAGAAGUACGAUGAGGUGAAGGAGGUGGUAAAACAGAAUGAGGAGUUAAGGAAGGAGUGUGAGCAAGAGCGACAGGCUCACAGCAUCCUAAAGAAGAAGUAUGAUGAGAUGAAGGAGGUGGUAAAGAAGUAUGAGGAGUUACUGAAGGUAAAAGCCUUUUUAUGAAGCCGUGACUGCUAUCAUUACUCUGGGCAUUUCAAACACAUGGGCAUUUUAGUAAUAAUAAUAUAAGCUUAAUAAUGGUAAUAGUAAUAAUAGUCAAGCUUAAUACAAUAGAUACAUUCAU